UACACACCCAAAGAACAUUGCAAGUUUGCAACAAGAGAGAGCGAGUGGUUUGUCUCACCAAUGACGCAUGAAGAGGCAGUAGUGCUGUUGGAUUCCUUGAUUAGUCCUUUUGGGCAAAGAGUGAGAAUAGCUUUGGCGGAGAAAGGCGUUGAUUAUGAGUAUAAGGUGCAGGACCUGAAGAACAAGAGUGAACUCUUGUUGAAAUCUAACCCUGUUUAUAAGCAGAUCCCGGUGCUAAUGCACAAUGGCAACACCAUCUGUCAGUCACUAAUCAUUGUUCAAUAUAUUGAUGAGGUUUGGCCUGAUAAAGCUCCGCUGCUCCCUACCGAGCCCUAUGCAAGGGCAAACGCUCGUUUCUGGGCUGAUUUUGUGGACAAAAAGGUUUAUGAGUGUGGAUCUAAACUAUGGAAACGAAAAGGCGAGCACCAUGAGACUGCAAAAGAGUGGGUUGAGAUCUUCAAGUUGUUGGAAUGUGAACUAGGGGAUAAGAAGUAUUUUGGAGAUGAGGCUUUUGGGUACAUUGAUAUUGCUUUAGUGCCUUUUAUUGUGUUGUUCUAUGCUUUUGAGCAAUGUGCCAAGCUUAGCAUGGAUGAAGAGUGUCCCAAGAUUGUGGCGUGGGCAAAGAGGUGCAUGGAGAGAGAGGGUGUCUCUAACGCUCUUACUGACCCCAAAAAGAUUUAUGAGAUGAUUCUCUCGCAAUAGACACUACCUAAUAAUUUUUAAAAUUGGUUUGUGUUUUCUAAAUGUGAUAUUAUAAAAAUCUUGUAGAAAAUAAGUCUUUUCUGUGAUGCUUAAUUCAGGGAUGACUAUUGGCUUGGGUCAUUUGUGAUUGGGCAUUUUCUUUCUAUGUUGCUUUCUUCCAGGGAUGACUAGUCAAUUGGCUUGGGUCAUUUGUGAUUGGACAUUUUCUUUCAAUGUUGCUUUCUUCUAUUUUCUUA